AACACAGAGAUCCCAUUAAUCUCGAGAACUGCCAGGGCAAUAACCGGGAAUCAACGAACAGUCAUCCUCCGCAGCAAUCGGGUAUUGGAACCGAAAACAAGAUGAAUCUUGGUAAUAAUUGCACCCUGUCGCUCAGCCAUGUCUUUUGCAAUCGCUUCGGACUAAAACGAGUCCUUCACGCAUCGUAGCUCGGCAACUCUUUGCUGAAAGAUUCAACCGCCCGAAGCUGAAAUCUUUCAUGAACAAACGGACCGGAACCAACGAAAUCGCAAAAGUUUUGCUUGGCGGCAGCCGCAAAUAUAGACGACCCAUAGAACAUACCCCUUCAACUAAAAUGAUCUGGCGCAAAAUCGAUCCCAUUGACCAAGCUCAAGACGAGCGAAAUGCGAUCAUUGCUUUUGGAAACGCCAACUUUAGAUCAUCCAUGAAAGGAAAGAGGGCUGCUCCCACGAAACGAAUCAAGCAGCAUCUACAACGGACCGUUGUUGGAGACCCGCUCCGCUCUUUAGAAAAUGCUCACGAACGUCCAGAUCUUUCGAACAGACAAAGAACCAAGUUGCACGCCGUUUUGAAGUGUACGAACUGCGGAAAGUUUUGGAAAAGAGACCGAAUGCACCGGUUCCAGUUUCGUAUCCGGAGGGCUCCUCAGUGAUGGUUUGGGGGGCUAUUGCACUCGGAAAGAAGUCGCUGUUGGUCACCAUGGAUAG